AUGGACGCUGCGAAAGACAAUAAGAUUUCGCCGACUUCGCAACCAGCGGGGUCGGUUCGAGAUGGGUCUGUGGACGGGGACAACGGGAAGAGUCGCGAGUACGACGAUGAUGUAGUUCGGGUCAUUGACAAAGCUGCCGAACGACGACUUUGCAGGAAGUUGGACUUCCAUGUCUUGCCCGUCUUGGCUAUAAUGUACCUGUUCAAUGCGCUCGACAAAGGAAAUCUAGGAAACGCAGAGACGGACGGCCUGAGCACCGAUCUCAACUUCAAGGAUGGCCAAUACAACCUCAUUGUCAGCAUCUUCUUCGUGCCUUAUGUGGCAGCAGCACCUUUCGCCAACGCUUUCUCGGGACUUUUGGCAUUCGGGGUGUUCCACAUCACCAACACCAAGCUUUACCCUUGGAGGUGGCUCUUCAUCAUCGAGGCAACUGCAACUAUACUCUUCGCCGCUUUUGCUUUUUGGUACCUCCCGCGAAGUGCUGCCGAAGCAAAGUUUCUUACGGCGGAAGAGAAAGAGUUGGCUCUUCAUCGCGUUCGAGUUGACAGCUCCUCCAUUGUUGGAGAGAAGAUGAAGAUUCGAGAGGCGGCCAAGGUUUUCAAGCAUCCGACGACAUAUGGCUUUCUCGCCAUCGAGAUAUGUCUCGGAGUUCCUCUCCAGAGCGUCAGUCUCUUCAUGCCUCAAAUCGUUCAGCGCCUGGGAUACAGCACCAUCAAGACAAACCUCUACACCGUGGCCCCCAACGUCAGCGGCGCCGCGAUGCUUCUCAUCCUCGCCUUCCUUUCCGACUGGCGCAAGCUCCGGUUCCCCUUCAUCGCAAUAGGGUUCUUGCUUACCUUCAUUGGCUUCAUUAUCUAUGCUGCCAUUGAUGACGUCGAAAGGGAAAUUAAGCUUGCAUACUAUGCAUGCUUCAUGAUGACUUGGGGAACAUCUGCGCCUAGUGUGCUCUUGUCGACGUGGUACAACAAUAACGUCGUCAACGAGAACCAACGUGUGCUUCUGACUUCGAUUGGUGUCCCGCUGGCCAAUCUCAUGGGACUUGUGAGCAGCAACAUCUUCCGUAAGCCCGAUGCCCCGAAGUACGCACCCGCUCUGAUUACGACGGCUUGUUUUGGAGGAGUUGGCGCAUUGUGUGCCCUCGCCCUGGGUUUCUUCAUGGUUUGGGAUAAUAAAAGAAGGAACCGUGAGCAAGGUGUGAACUUGACUGCCAGCGACGUGUCAACCUCCAAGUUGGGUGAUGGCCCGAAGAGCCCCAAUUUCCGAUGGUUCCUGUGA